AUAUACAGGACGACUGUCGUCAAUCUCACACUCCGGGAAACAUGUGGCUCUCAACAAGCAGUGUGUCGCUAGCUGUGACAGUCCUGGUUUAUAUGUUAUGUCUUGUCAAUGGUCAAUAUCAAGUGACUAUCUUUCCCGACUUCGUCAUCAAAGGAGGAAGGAAGAUGUUUGAUCCUGAUCGCUGGAAUGGCCAUAUGGGGUUGGAUAAUCCCGGUAGCAUCCAGUACCUGAAGAAAACUGGUUCCAGGUGUGGCCGCUGGAACAAAGGCGAUACACUCGAUGGUGCCUUUGAGAAGGCACCAGAAGACCCUCAUCGGAAGGGCUAUGCUGAUCCAGCUUACUUCCGAAAUGCGCACUUCACGCAGAAUAUAGCUUCAAAAUACUCUGCAAAUAGAGCUGGAUUCGGACGGACCCAUGGUAGAGAAAUCAUGAUGGAUCUUCAAGCUGAAACUUGGCCACACUGGAUGGACACAUCUCAACACAAAGGCCACUUCCCUAACAACUUGGAUUGCUGCUGCUGAUAUGGCUGCCAUGCUGCUCAAGGCCGUCCAUGAUGGAACCAAAGGGGACGAGCCACCAUACUAUGAACCUAUCAACGAAGUCGACGGCAUGUGGAAGUACAACGUUAACUGGACACAAAUUACUGCCUACCACAAGUUAGUCAAUGCAAAAGUCAAGGCUACUUUACCACAUGUAAAAGUUGGAGGUCCGGCAUAUUCGGGUGGCAUUUCGGGGGUGGACAAACACGAAUUCAAGGUCUGGGGAAAUCUCAUGGAGUUUAUGGACAUGGCGCUCAAGCACCUUGACUUCAUCUCAUUCCACCCUUUCAGUCAUAUGCAAAUCACAGGAGAAUCGCAUUACUUCCAGGGUCCCACUGAAGCCCGUUUUGUUGGGAUAAUAGAUCUAAUUGAAAGUUAUGCUCAUUUGAAAACUGGUAAGGAUUUUCCCAUCAUCUGUUCAGCCUAUGGAUUGGGCGGAAUAUCAGGAGUAGAUAUGCAGAAAGCUAACCCACUGAUCGAUUAUGGAUAUGUCUACCUGCAGAAUGCAGAACUCUUUACCAUGCUGAAUCACCGUGGUGUUGUCGACAGAGCUGUGGUUUUCCUGGUUGGACAUAGCAAUGCUUUUGGACAAAGCAGCAUUAAUUACAGUCUCCUUGACAAAAACAACCACGAGAGGACCCCAGUUGAGGCGUUCCAUUUCUGGCAGGUGCUUUCAAAUCGAAUGACGUAUCUCAGAACAGAUAGUCAGUACCAUGGAGCUGAGAGAGUCGUGGCAUCUCACGCUUUGGUGGAUCAAACUUCUAAAACUGUGGUACUUCUCCUGCAUAACUUUGACAAGAAACAGACAAAGGUCAAGGUCCAGUUUGGUCAUGGAUGGAUGAAUCCAUCCACAGCAAUCAUGUCCUGUGUCCACUUGAACGCCCAAAAGGUUACCAUACGAGACAAGGAAACAACGGUUCAUCUCAACAACGGUGUCGUCACUCUUCCCACUGAGGCAAGCUGCUAUCUCAAGUUCCACUCUGCAUUCGACUUUGCUCACAGCAAGACCAUCACAGAAAUUGUUCACUAUGGGCCAGAUGUUGCUAAGCCAAUACAUCAAAACGUUGUCACCACAAGCAUCAAUGUGGGCCAUGUGAGCAAUGUCCAGUACGCCUAUCUACGAGUCUGCAUCAGCCUCAGUGACAAGAAUGGUAAUCCUAAACCAACAUCGGUGCAGCUGAACGGCAAAUCCCUCACUUCGUAUUACUCCCUUCAUCAGCAAAACAACGGCAAUUACAUAACAGCGUGGACGACGAUUCAAUAUUUGGUUCCUGUCUCGUUUCUGAAGCAGAACCAAAAUGAAGUUAAGCUCCAUUUUGCCAAAACAGGAGGACGGGUGUCAAGUAUCGCUGCUGUUGUCGGGAGUAUCUGAUCAUGCGUGUAAAUUCAAAGAUAUAGAAUAAAUGUAUAAAGAAUGCA